GUCUUGUUUAAUACAAUUAAUCACGAAAUAACGAUAAAAUUGGACUAUCGCCAUGUUUGACACACUUAUCACUACCGCAACAGAUCUGCAAGCGUUGUUGCUAAGUGGUAAGAUCACCAGCGUUCAGAUCGUCAAAGAGUACCUCGCUCAAAUCGACCGGCAUAAUGCGAAAUUGAAUGCGUUUAUCUCUAUUGCACCACGCGAAUCUUUGCUUCGUGUUGCAGCAGAGCUGGAUGGGGAGAGGCACCGUGGGGGGAUCAGAAGUCAACUACACGGAAUCCCUAUUGUGCUAAAAGAUUGUUUUGUAACUGCAUCAUGCCUUGGAAUGGAUACUACAGCUGGGUCACUGGCAUUUGUCGGCGCCAAAGCCAGGGAUAAUGGUGCCAUCGUGCAGAAGUUAAUCGACGCCGGUCUCAUCAUUUUAGGGAAAACCAAUAUGACUGAGUUUUGUGGCAUGAAAAUGAUUAAUUCGCCAGGACGAUCCGCUGCUGGUGGACAAACCUUGUCUCCUUACGUGGGCGACAUUGAGGAGAAUGAAGUCAUUCUGGGUCAUUCGUCUCCUGGUGGUUCUUCCACGGGCUCUGCGGUAGCUGUCGCGGCAGGGUUCAGUCCCUUUGCAUUGGGGACAGAAACGAUCGGGUCACUCGUUACCCCCACUGCAAGGGCGGCCCUAUUCACUAUCAAGCCGACUGUCGGAUCUCAGAAUUGCGAGGGAAUGUAUAAGAUGACAGACUUCUUCGAUAGUCCUGGCCCGAUGGCGAAGUCACCAGUAGAUCUUGUGAGCUUGUUUGAGAUACUGCUCAAUCAAAACCUAGGCCAUCUUGUUCCUGGUCACUGUGACUGGACUGAUCUAUCUAUCGGGUUUUUGUCUCCUACGAUUUGGAAACUAGUACCAGAGAUGUGUAAGCAGCAUGAGGGGACUGCAGAGCAAAUGGCGCAAGACUACGAAAGGACUGUGUCUUUACUGCGUAGUCAAGGUUGUAACAUCAAGUAUCCCAUAGAACUACCCGAUGCAGAAAACCUGACAGUCGAUGGUGAAGCUGCAAUAAUGCCUGUGGCAUUUUGGGAAUUCAGAGAGGUCGGUAUACCAAGCUUCAUCGACUCUUUUGAGGAGUGUGGUGUAACCAACCUCGAAGAUAUCAUUAAGUUUAAUGAAGAGAACAAAGAAAAUGCUCUCCCUCCUGGAGAAUCAGACCAGGAUCUUCUCAUUGAAGCAUUGAAUAGCAGCGCGAGCACGGAACAUAUCACUCACUUGGGGAAUAAUCUUCGAGAAAAGGCGAAAGGAAUCCUGCGGGAAGUGUUCGACAGGGAACAGAUAAACAUGAUCGCAGCGCCGACAGAUUCUGCACUGGCAGUAUACGCAGCAUCAGCAGGAUAUCCAAUUGGUAACGUCCCUUUGGGGCAGUUAAAAUAUAACCAGAGACCCUUUGGGCUUUGCUUAAUUGCAGAAGCCCAUGAAGAGGAAAAGAUCCUUCAAUUCAUGAUGGCCUACGAAACAGCCACUGACCCGCGUCCCACUCCCCACCUUCCACGGGAAUAGUCCUGCGGAUUUAAAGGAUUACUAUGUUAGUAGUAGUUGGCUUAAGUCUUGGCUAGACAUUAUUCGACCGUCACAGCCACGAGGAAACGGAAGGUGAAGAAUGAGGAAUAUUAAUUUAUAUAGUUGUUACUGUGUACUGGGAAAAUUUGGCUUCUAGAUUUGUUACCUUGAAUUCUUUAAUUAAUUUCUUAAUGUCCUUAUUCUUUGACGCUAGGAGCGGAUGUUUUGGAAGAAACUCCAUAGCUUUGAAUAUUGUUUAGUAUGCAUUCUGAGAAGGAGUUAGCUACAUCGC